UUCAAUUUUCAACUAUAAGGCCGUAUAGAAAGACUCGUACGAAGUUUGGUUUUUUGAUUUGACGUGGCAAAAGUUGUAACUGCAAUUAACGAACUCCACCAACCGUCAAAACUAAAAGCGCGAAGUAACUCACACUCUGUCUUUCUAAACCCUUUCCCUCCUCUGCUCUGCUAAUCAACCAAGUCCCAAGAAAACACAUCUUCUUCACAAAAGUUUCAACUUUUCUCAAGAAAAUGACGAGAAAUAUCUGCCCUUCUCCUCAAAUUUCAGUCUGCUGUGUGCUUCUUUGCUUUGUCUUCUUCGAUAUAAUCUGUCUUGGAUUCCUGAUCUAUUGCAGGGAUUCUUUCUGCAGUUUCUUCCAACGCCCGUCUCCCCGGGCCUUUUUUCCGUUGGAGCCACUCCAAGAGACUUCAACUUCUUCGAUCUUUCACUCUCCCGAGGUUUUCAAGCUGGAUUAUGCAGAGAUGGAGAGACGUUUCAAGAUCUUCCUGUACCCGGAUGGAGACCCUAAUAUGUAUUAUCAUACACCAAGGAGUCUUUCCGGCAAGUAUACCAGUGAAGGGUAUUUCUUUAAGAACAUCAGAGAAAGUCGGUUUUUGACAAAUGACCCUGAAAGUGCUCAUCUCUUCUUCAUUCCCAUUUCCUGUCAUAAAAUGAGAGGCAAGGGACUCUCGUAUGAGAACAUGACCAGAACCGUCCAGGAAUAUGUGGAAAGCUUGAUGGUCAAGUACCCUUUCUGGAAUAGAACUUUAGGUGCUGAUCACUUUUUCGUGACUUGCCAUGACAUUGGCUUCAAGGCUACUGUAGGAGUUGCCCAUCUUGUUAAGAAUUCAAUUCGAGUUGCGUGCACAAGUGGAGAUGAUGAUGGAUAUAUCCCACACAAGGACUUCCCUCUUCCUCAAAUAGUGCAGCCAUUUUCUCUUCCCGCUGCAAGAUUUGACCCUGAGAAUAGGUAUGCAUUAGGAUUCUGGGCUGGCAGCCUCAAGUCUGAGCUAAGACGUGAACUGGUUAGUGCUUGGCAGAAUGACACAGAGCUUGACAUUCAGAGCAAUUAUAUGAUUAAUGUCCCACACCUAGAGAAGUUCAACACAGCUAAAUUUUGCAUAUGUCCUGGCUGGUCUCACGUCCACGGCUCACGUAUAGCACUCUCCAUUCACCAUGGAUGUGUCCCUGUUAUCAUGUCAGACCACCAUGAUUUGCCAUUCAAUGAUAUUCUUGAUUGGAGCAAGUUUUCAAUAAUAAUCAAGGAAGAUGAGGUUCAACAGAUUAAGCACAUUCUUGAGAGAAUAUCCUAUGACAGAUUCAAAUCUCUGCAUUACAAUACUGUGCAGGUGCAGAGGCAUCUACAGUGGAACUCACCUCCCAUCAAAUAUGAUGCAUUUCAUAUGGUCAUGUAUCAGCUAUGGCGGCGCCGUCAUGUUACCAAGUAGUGAAUGUAUUGAAUUACUAGACGAUGUGCCUGGUAUACUCACGCUAGUGCCUUCAAAGCCUUUUAUUUUCGGAUGAUAAUACAAUCCAAAUUUUGGUCUUCUCCUUGUAAGGAGUAAUCCUCCUACGUUUGAAAAUCAUGACAAAGGUAUAGCUGGAUAUGUCUCUCAAGUAAUUGAGCCCGUGGGCCUGAUUCAACAAGUUUGUCUUCCAUUUUUCACUGCAAUUAGAUCAACCAAACCCUGCCCCUUAUGCAACGAUCCACCUCAUAUUUUUAGCCUUAUAUCAAGUACCUAACUGGUGUCUGGUAUCUGUUUUUUGAUAAGCUGUCUGGUGUCUGUGUCUGGUAUAAUGCAUCAAAAGUGGAAAUCAGAUAAGCAAGACAAUAAUAUUAGGUUCAAGCUCUUUAUAAUUUGUUGAGUGGUUGGAGGCAAAGCAUGUGAAAGAGAAUUGAAGGUUACAACUGGUUCACGGAACUGCGUUUGGUAUGUGACCAAACCUAUCUAGCCCAUGGCUUUCUAUAAUAGCCUUUGAUGACAAAUAAAAAAAAUUACAUAGUCAAUGGGAUUUCGGUGUAGGGGCAAAUUUCCUCUUUAUGUAGUGCGCAAGGAUGUUUCAGCAGAAAUGGUACAAGAAUUGAUUACAAUCCCAUUGGCUUUUUCUUCUUCUUUUUUUGUUUCUUAAUUUUUGAAAAAUAUUGAAUCCUGUUUGUUUGGAUUUUCCA